UUCACCGAGAGGCUUCACAUCUAAGAGGACUGGAACUGCUUCAACAAUGAAAAAAGUCCCUCAUUUCAUCAACGAAACAGACUAUGAGGAUGAAAGUGUUGUGAGCAGCAACUUCGCCACGUGUCUUGGCGCCCUCAUCCUCAGCCUAGUUGUCCUCCUGGGAGUCCCCGGUAACUUCUUCAUCGUCUGGAGCAUCCUGGCUCGCAUCCGGCAUCGCUCGGUCACCACCAUCCUGAUUCUCAACCUGGCAUGUGCCGAUGGCUCCAUCAUGGCCCUCACCAUCUUCUUCAUCAUCUACCUGGCCAAGCGAACAUGGAUCUUUGGAAACUUCAUGUGCAAAAGCCUCUUCUACCUGUGCAACGUCAACAUGUACGCCUCCAUCUUUCUGAUCACGCUGAUGAGCGUACACAGGAUGGUGGCCGUGGUGUUUCCACGGGACCUGUACCGCAUCAACAGAAAGAUCGUGACGAGGGUGAUCGUGGGCAUGUGGGUGUUGGUCAUGGUGAUUUCUGUGCCCUCGCUGGUGUUUCGAGACGUGAGAAUCAACCGCGACCUCAAUAAUAAAACUAAAAACGUGUGCUCGCCAAAUCACACCGAUCCUCGACAUGUCAGGUUCCAGUACACCUUGGAGACUGUGUCAGGAUUUAUUAUUCCAUACGCCAUCAUCAUUACCAGCUACGUCCUCAUCCUGAAACGCCUGAGGAAGACCCUCUUCUACCGAAAGGCUCGCAGCGAGAAACUCAUUCUUGCCAUUGUGGUGACGUUUGGCUUGUUUUGGCUGCCGUACCACAUCAUCAACAUGAUCCAGGUGGCAGCUGAGUGGUAUCCAGAGGAGUCAGAGACGAGAGAUACAUUGACCCACAUCCACCAGUUGUCCCGAGCGGUGACCUCAGCUUUAGCCUUCAUAAGCAGCUGUGCCAACCCCAUCCUCUACACCUUCGCCGGAAAAUCCUACAUCAAGAAGAACGGCUUCGCCUUCAUGGCUAAACUCUUCGAGGGCACGUCGCAGGAGCAACCAAAAACCAAAAAAUGUCAAAUGGUCAAAAAAGACAGCGCAGCACCGAACAAUGACUCCUCAAACACCGCAGUGUCUUCUGCACCAAACGGGAACAACGCAUUGACAUAAAGAGACAAGAACAGACUUGAACGAACUCUGAAAUCUAAAACCUGUUGGGACAUUAAAAAAAUAAAAUAAAAUUAUAUCAAAUUAGUUUAACUCAGGGGAAGAUUAUAAUUCAAAACUAAUUUCAUGGACUAUGUAAUUCACUGAUUUUUCCAAAGAAUGACUGAAUGAAAUCUUUCCAAUAAAUAUGCAAAGCAGCGACUUAUCCCUCUGAAUUGUGAUUAAAUCACAACCAGACAAUUGGAAACUGGUUUCCAUUUGAAUGUUUCAAAGCGUUACUGUCAUUUCCAACUAAAUCAAUGUUUACAUUUAGGAUGCUUGAAGUUUUCCAUGUUUUAAACCAGUUUAAUUCAAGGUUUAUCCUGAAUCCUAUAGUAAAACACUGUUUUAUGGCUGUUUUGGUCAAUGUUACAUAAAACCCUCAGAUUUGAACAUGCUCUGUACUCCUAAAGGAUGUCCAGAUUGUGACAAUUCAUUACCAAUAAUCCAAGUCAGACAAAAACCUGAAAACCUUGAAUUUGAAGUA